CGACCGGGAGUAAACAACAAACACAAUCCAGAAACGCGAGCAGGACAAACAGUUCGGUGCUUCAAAGUCGAAACAAGUAUUAGAAAAAAACCAAAACUUUCAAAAAUGAAAUCUUUUGUGGCCGGUGCCCUCCUUGUGAGUUUGAUUGCCGCCGUUAACAGCGCGCCUCAGUUCAAUUUCGGAGGAUCGGGAUCGGCAGCGAACGCCCAGUCGCAAUCGUUCGGUCAAGGAUCCGGUCAUCUGGGAGGACAUGGUCAUGGCGGUCAUGGCGGUGGUCACGGUGGUGGAUUCUUUUCGGGAUCGGCCGCUAACGCUCAGUCACAGUCGUUCACGCAAGGCGGCGGUCAUGGCCAUCAUGGCGGCGGUGGACUGUCCGGAUCGGCUGCCUCGGCCGGAUCUCAAUCGUUCACCCAGGGAGGUGGUUUCGGUGGACACGGACACGGUGGCAUCAGUGGAUCGACUGCCGGAGCCCAGAGCUUCAGCCAGGGUGCCGGCGGCUUCGGUUGGCCAGGGAUCGGUGGAUUUUCCGGCUCCGCGGCCAACGCGGGAUCGCAGACAUUCAGUGGUUGAGUUAUCUAGUCAAUAGUGUUAAAAUAAAUUAAAAAAAAAACCAA